CAUUCAGUUUAAUUCCUAGCUGUUGCGAUAAAAAGCUAAAGUUAAAAUCAGUAAUUAUUUCCACUGUUUUAUACAAACAGCAAUAAUGAACCCUCCAUUGGGAGUUACUUUAUGUUUUUAAACAAAGUGGAAAACAAUUGCAAGAAGAGAAAGUCAGGGUAUGACCUCAAAUGACAUAUGGCUUCAGUUUUGACCGCUUGUGAAAUCCUCAUGACUCCGUGAUGAAGACACUGCUCCAGGAGCAUAAUACAAGACCACUCACUAUCAGACCAUGUUCAGAGUCAGGAUGGUACAUGAGCCCAUACUGUGCGGAAAAUCAGCAACAAAUUUCCGCCCUUGCUGUGGCACUGGAUGAGGAGGGCCCUCUGAAUUGUUAGAGCCGAGAGAAAAAAAGAGACUCUUUAUGUGACCUUUUUUAUGCCUCUCACUUGGUGGUCGAAGGAGGCCCAUAUUACCGCUCCCGGAGAACUGAUGCGUGGAGCGAGAAUCCUGAAAGUUAACACCACAGGCGAUGUGUUCGCAUUAGUUUCACUAAGGGUAACAACAGAAGUGCCAGUCAUACUAAUAGUUUUUACAUACGUUUCACAUUCCCUAGAUUGUUUUUCAUUUUUAUUUUUUUCAUCAUUAUUUAAAUGUAUCCAAGUGUGAGAGGGGAGGGGGUUGUUAUGUAUGCAAGACCUGGUUUGUAAAACUGUAUCAUUAUAGCAAUACUUUGAUCAUAUCAGCCAAUUUAAUAAACACAAAAAGUAGAAUAAAGUUGAAUAAUAGAUAGAAAGAUUUAAAAGGGCAAGAUGAAGAUCAUCCAGGGGAGGCGUGGUCCCCCAUACAUAUGCACCGCCGAGGCCAUUUAGAGAGGUCAGCUUUGUGUGAACACAGCCCUCUCUAAAGCCUCGGAGUGAAUGGCGUGCUGCUGGAACACAGGAAUGGGAGGGCGCCUGUUUUUCCUCCCGUCAGCGGCCAGGGCUAGUGGGUGUUGUGCCGUGCAUUCCUGCCCGUUUGAUGUCUUAAAGCGGGAGAGACUGUCAUUGUGCAGGGACUUGAUCGGUCACCUAGCAGACACUUGAUUAAUGGAACUGAUCCUCCUUAGUAAAUGACCCCCCCCACCCAAAACACACACACAUCAUUGCCCUUGUUUUCGGGCCCAUGUGUAUGUGCAGAACCAAUGACACGUAUGUUGUUGAAGGCGCUGGGACCCUAGGUCCCCAUCCCAGAGCUUCUCUCUCAGCAUGGUUCCUGAAGGCCAUUGUUUUGCCCCCAACUUCUUAUCCAAAAAGAAAGGGGGGCAGUAGAAAGAGGAGAGUGUGUUGUGUGUGUCAGUGUGUGUGUAUGUGUGUGUGUUUGUUGAGUGAGUGUCUUUGUGUGUGUGUGUGUGUGAGUGAAUAUUUCAGUGUGACAGAAGAGCGAGAGAGAACUAAAAAGAGGGUGGGAAUAGAAGCACAAUGCCGUAAAGGAGCAUAGACUACAAAAAGACUAAAAAAGAGGGAAACUUCAUAUCCAUCUCUACAUAACUCAGCACCAGGAGGUCCCCGACUUUGUCAAACACACAUUCCUACACCUCCACCAUCACAUGGUGGCUCCCAAACCCCACCGCAGUGCAAGGAUGGGGCUCAGGAGGAGGCUCUAAGGGAGAGCUGUGUCCCUGGAGAGCACACACACACACAUACACACACACACGCACACACGAGGAUGCAGCCUGGCACAUGGCUUCUAUGGGCGUCAUGGCUCCUCACCUGGGCAGAGGCCUCACGCCAAUGCCAGUGCCAGUGUACCUGUUCGCCAGACGCCACCUCGGAGGUCAAGGCAGCCAAGCAGGGCAAGGGGCACAUCCAUCACCAUCAUGGGGGGCACCAGAACCUGCGUCACAGACAUAGGGGCAGCAGAAGGAGAGGUUCCAAGUCCCAGGCUGAAGAAAUCCCUCCUCAGAUCGUCCACCAACCGUCUGAUGUGGUAGUGAAGGUGGGCAGCCCCGCCACGCUCUCCUGCAGGGCCUCGGGCAACCCGGAACCCACCAUCGAGUGGCUCCGCAAUGGGCAGCCCCUGGACCCGGACCGCCUGGAGGUCCACUCCCGGCCCAUAGUGCUGCCCGGGGGGAGCAUCUUCUUCCUCAGCGUGGUGCCCGGGAGGAAGAGUCACGAGGGCGUGUAUGCGUGUGUGGCGAGCAACAGUGCCGGCAACGCCACCAGUCGAAACGCCUCUCUGCACGUCGCAGUGUUGCGAGAUGAGUUCCGUGUGCAGCCCAGUAAUGUGGAGGUUGCCGUGGGCGAGGUGGCCAUCAUGAACUGCAGUCCUCCGCUGGGGCAGCCCGAGCCCAACGUCUCCUGGAAGAAGAACGGCAUGCUCAUCAACAGCACUGAUGACCACUACACCGUACUCAAUGGGAAAUUAAUCAUUGCCCCUACCCAGAAGAGUGACUCCGGAGUCUAUAUCUGUGUGGCAUCAAACACGGUUGGAGUGAGAGAGAGCCAGGCAGCCAGACUGGCAGUGUUAGUGAAGCCGGUGCUGGUGCUCAAACCCCAGGACGUGACAGUGAGGGUUGGGGAGGCGGCGCACUUCUUCUGUGAGGUAGAUGGCGACCCCAUGCCUGCGGUGGAGUGGAGCCGGGAGCCGGGCCCUCUGCCAAACGGCAGAUAUCUGGUUAAUCCAGACCAGAGCCUUCAGAUUCACUAUGUGACUGAGCAGGACAGUGGGAAAUACACCUGCACUGCCGUCAAUGAGAUGGGGGUGACCACAGCCAGUGCGGUGCUUUACAUAGAGGACGCUUCAAACGCUCGACAGAGGGAUCUUCACAAGGAGCUGUCUGCUAUGCGGGCGGAACUGCAGAGUGUUGCCAUCAUGGCUCCCUCCUCAAACGUGUCCUUGGUGCAGUGGAAGCUCCAGUCUCUACCAGCCCAGCCACAAUACCUGGAUGGAUUUGAGGUGCUCUAUCGCUCUCUGCUCCCUGCCAGCUCUGACUGGGCUGCCCAAAAGGUGCCCUUGCCCAGCCUCCAAGCCCCGGUGGGCCCGCUGAAGAGGGGCUAUAAGUACGAGUUUAAAGUCAGGCCCUAUGGGAGUGGCUUAUAUGGCAAGGAGAGCAACACCAGACAUCUCAGGGUGCCAGAGAUGGUCCCCAGUGCCCCCCCGCAGGGCCUGAGUGUUACCAUGCCGGUAGACCGGAACGACACGGUUCUCCUCAGCUGGGGUCCGCCUCCUCACGACGCCCACAAUGGGAUCAUCCAAGGCUAUCAGGUGUGGUGUGUGCAGUCAGACGACCAGCAGUUUUUUAACUGGACAGUGGACAGCGGGACUCACAGUCUGGAGAUAGGCCUGCUGCACCCGGGCAGGCAGUACUGGGUCAGAGUGGCCGCCCUCAAUGGAGCCGGGGUCGGCGUGAAGAGUGACCCGCAUAGACUUCUGAUAGAGAACAACCGGCGAGUGGCUCCUCCUCUCCCGGACGUGGGCGCUCUCCCUCGUGUUCUGGCCGUGGUUCAGCACCCGGUGUUCAUUGGCAGCGUCGGCGUGCUCCUGUGGUGCUUCCUUAUGGUCGCCGCGGUGUGCCUGUACCGCCGCCACGCCAGGAACUCAGGCCUGGGCCACAAACACCACAAGAGCUCAGGUUUGUACCGAUUAGCCAGUGAAGACCUCAUCAUCAAGCACAGGAUGGCAGCCCCGGACUCCCCGUGGAUAUCUGGGGCAUGGAGGCCCGCUCUGUGCAGUAAGCCCUACCAGGACCUGUGGGCCCAGGGCCAGGAGAGCCCCAACCCCAGCCUCAGCAAAAGCACUCUACCCAUCACAGCCAAGAAGGACCCCGGCCAUCUAGAAACGGUCGUCCCUAUAGUACCUGACAGCUGCGGCGUAUACGGCACGUUCUACGUGGAUCUCACCGGCAAGAACCUCAAGACCUUUAACAGCCCCGCCCGCCGUUGCAAGAUGCCUCACUACCACUCCGACCAGAACAGCGAGACCCUCAUCAUCCCUCAGCCCAUGUCCAGAAACACCACAGCCUGGGACGGGCAAGCGGUGCAAUGGAAACGGCCCCUACCAGCCCAGCCCAACAUGGGGGUUCUGAAGGAAUCCUGGGAGAAAAACUCCAAGCGAGAGCUCCACGCUGUGAAGAGUGCCCCAUUAGCACCUAUGUCCCAGCAGGCUCGGCCAGCGGGCAGCGUAGCCAGCGUGACCAAUCAGAGACUCAGUCACCAACCGCCAGGUGGGUUCCCAGAGUGCCUGAAGUUGGCCGGUUCUCCCCGCAUGGUCCACUACUCUGCCUCUCUGCACCUGGUGGAUGUGGCACCCCCCCAGCCCAGCCCCCCUCGCUGCAUGGAUGACACCCACAGCCUGAGCUCAGAGGAAGGCUUCAGCAGGUCGACCAAGCUGACGGAGGACAUGGGCUCUCUACAGUCCUUCUGCACAGCGUCUGCAAUGCGAGGGGCAGCUACCGCCUCCUCCAUCUGCCCCUCGUACCCCAACCGCACCUACAGCCGUCUCUCCACGGCCUCCUUCAGCCUGUCUGCAGGGCCCAGCAUGGAUGAGGACCUGGACCUGGAUGCCACGCUGUCCACACAGGACAGUAUGCAGUACCCAGAGAUGAGGCCCAGGGCUGCCAGGGGGCGCGUAUUAUCAGAUAACCUCACCCCACGACCUUUCUCCCCGACCCCGACGUUUGGCUACAUUUGUGGGCCGUCUGAGGUGGAGGAGGGGGGUGAGCGUGGGGGUCCUGACGGGCGCCGGGCGCGCCUGAGGAGCACCCCCUCGUCCUGCUGCAGCGAGUGGGAAGGGUCCCUGUGGAACGCCUGGGGUUCCGUCUCCGAGGGCAACAUGCCCAGCGCCCGCACCAGCAUCAUCAGCUCCUCUGACUGCUCGUUCAUGAACGACGCCAACUUUGCCCGAGUCCUCGCACUUACCGCCGAGUCCAUGAACGGAGCCACUUUCUCAGAUUUCUCUCCUUCAGGAUCUCCCCUGAACGUGCUCUUCCCCCCUCCGAGGGACUGUUUUGGGGAGUUGGACCCCUUACCUGUGUGGGACUGGGGCACAACCUGGGUCGAGGAGAUGGAGGCGCAGUACCGCGCCGGCCGGACAGGGGGAGCAGCAGCUAAAGUUAUGAACAGCCUAUCCUCCGUCCCAGACCGCUGGGGUUAUCACCGUCAGGACGCCAGGCAGGCUGACAACAAAAUGCCAUCGCACCGAUGAGCAGCGCCACAUAUACCGUCAUCUCUAGAUCACCCUAGAGAAUUUUUAAGUUUUUCAGUGUAGUAUUUUCAACCGAUUUUUGGUUAGAUGAUUGAUACGCGAGCACCAAUGGGAUCCCUUCUGUCUUGUUGGUAAAUUCUUUACUGAUAGGCGCAACCUAUCCAUAAUAGUGUCGUGGGUGAUGGGAAUUGUUUCACCAACAUCCAAACCCUAGGUUAACCUCACAAGGUCAAAAGGUCACAGGUCAUAUUUGAAGUAGACGCUUCCCCACCACCUCAGGGCAACUUCUUACUCCAUGCGCUUUGGGUUUGAAAAAAAUAAAUAACAAAAAAAAAUGAAAUGGUUUGUAGUGUUUCCUAUAAUGUUUUAGACUGUCAUUUUAUUCUGGGAAUCUAAGAAUAAUCCAGUCUAUUGUAACACAACACAGUGUACAGAUGUGAUUGUUGGUUUAUGUUCACAAUGUGUACCAAUAUUCUACGUUGCUAUUUAAUGUAUUGUAAACUUCAAAAUGUUCACCCGUUUAAACUCAGCAACAAAUUGGUUAGUUUUUUUCUGCCAUUUUGCCUGAGUUCUUUUAGUUUAACUGUGGUAAUUUCUAUGAUUAUUUUCUAGCAUUUUCAGUAAAAUUUUGACAAAUGUUUUCUUACUGAUUUAUGGAUUAUAUGAAAAUGGUAAUAGAUUUGAAACACUUUAUAUGACGAUGCUCUUUUUACCGUGUAAUUAUUAUCAUUAAAACCAUUACAACAACUUUGUGACUACAGCCUUAAACAAAGUUGUUACACACCAACUAUUAAUGUGUAUGUACCAAGUACACUACAAACAGUUUUAAAUACAUUACACGGUAACAUGGGUACAGUGAUAUAAAGUGCUACCAUAGAAUUUAACUUUUGAUCGUUAGUAGAUAAUGAACAAUUGUGUUAUGUGAAAUUUAGGAGAAAAAAAAUAAAACAAGUAUUGAAAACUAACUUUACCCUACAGUCGAAGAAUAAUAAUGUAAAGCUCUCCAGAAGUUCCAGAGAGGUUAUCAAAUGUCUUUUUCUAUGACUGCAUAUAUUAUAUAUAUAUAUCCUUAACUAACCCUGUAUUCUGUAUAUCAAUCUCUAUUAAUAUAAUAAACAGAACAGAGUACAUCAA